AUGUUUAAGUUGGUGGUGUUGUCGAUUGUGAUUGCGGUGGUCGCUGCCGCCCCGACACCGGGAUACCUCCACGCCGCCCCGAUCGCCUACAUUCCGUCGGCCGUGAGCCAUUCGUCCAGAAUCGACUACCACAGCAAACCCAUUGUAACGUACACUGCACCCUUGGUUACCUCGCACGUUGUAGCUGCUCCAAUAAUUAAGGACUACAGCUUGUUGGGAGGAUAUGGUUACGGAUACGGACAUGGGUUUGAUCUUCAUGGUGUCCACGGGUGGUAA